AUGGAAUCAAAAAUCUUUGACUGCACCUUAGAUGAAUGAAUCAAUAUAAGGCCAGCCAUUAUUGAUCUCGGAAAAUGAAAUAUCCAAGAAGGCGAAGUUAUAGAGCUGAAUUACACUUUAAGCGAAAGUAAAAAAUGUCUUUUAACAUAUAUCGCAAAUCAAGCCUCUGAUCAAUUCGAUAUAAUUAUAUGAUUCAAUAUGUGUAGAACCCUAAAAGUUGUGGAUCUCAAAAAUCCUCAUAAAGUUCUAAUAUACAGCAGUUUUAAUCUCCAAGAAUUCUUAAUUCAAGCUGCCUCACUUUCAAGCUUUUUAAAAGAUUCAAAGCUUAGAUCUCUUAUUAUCAUUGAUUCAUAUAACACUUUUCUCAUGCAUGAUUCAGUUCUGCACUUAGAUAAGAGCAAUAUUAAUGAAAAACAUAACAAAGAAGCAUUGCUUGAGGCAGCACUUAGCAGGAAGCUUCAGCAGAUAUUAAUAAAACUGAAACAAAAAUAUGGCUCCACUAUUAUUUUGUGUAGAAAAGAAUAUUUUCCAAAAAAAAUUGCAAAUAUUGUUACAGCCACUGCAAGCUUUACAUUUUACGCUGCUAUGUGUGAGCCAGAAAAAGGAAAGCUCAUUGAUUCUAGAUACUUUUUGCUGGAGUCUUGUUUUGAUGAAAUAGGAAAUAUGCUUCAUGCUUUAGUGAAACAAGAAAAAUCAUCUGUUGAGCUGAUUCUGUUUAGGUAUCCAAUUGAAUGGAUUUUUCAAGAUGAUAUCAAAUACGAACCAUUGUAA